AUGAGAGGGCCACCAACACCGAGCAUGCCCACGCCGGCCGCCGACUUUGAUCAGCAGUUGACGGGAUCGGCUCCUGAUCCGCCAACCCCAGCCGCGUCUCCAGGACCUGCGCACUGCCAACCGGAUUGGAGCGAUGCCGCCGAUGAUGAAGAUUUCUUCCUCGCCAAAGUUCGACAUCACUUUCAGAACUGUUCCGGUCCUCAACGAACGAGAAUCUUGGCCGAUUUGUUGAACCUCUGUACCAGCCAGCAGCUCAGCUUUGUUCACCAAUUUGUCAGCCCGUUGCUGAAGAAGGACCCAUUUACCAGUCUUCCGGAUGAGCUAUGUUUACGGAUAUUGUCAUUCAUUGAUGAUCCCAAAGUUCUUGCGCGAGCGUCGCAAGUGUCUAAGAGGUGGCGAGAUCUGUUGAGCGACGACAUGACGUGGAAGAACCUUUGCGAGAAACACGAUUAUGGUCGCCGCUUGUCAGAAGUGUCGCCCUCGGCCCCAAUCAUGACGACGAGGUCCUCGGCCUAUGCCGUCGAUAUGGAUAGCGAAAUGUCCAGCAGCUUCCCGGGGGCGCUCCCCUUCACUUCACACGGUUCAAGUUCAAUGAGCUAUGACAGCAGGAGGCCCAAGAUACGCUCAUAUAAGUCUCACUUUAAGCAGAGAUAUCUGGUGGAGGCGGCUUGGCGGUCCGGCGGCACAAGCAUCACCCGCAACAUUACACAAGAAGGAGGCGUGGUUACGAGUUUGCAUCUGACGCCAAAAUACAUCAUUGUCGCUCUCGACAAUGCAAAGAUUCACGUCUUUGACACGGAUGGCAACUCGCAGAGGACCUUGCAGGGCCAUGUCAUGGGAGUCUGGGCCAUGGUACCUUGGGGAGACACCAUGGUCAGCGGUGGCUGCGAUAGAGACGUGCGCGUCUGGGAUUUGAAGACUGGCGCUUGUCUACAUACGUUGCGAGGCCAUACAUCGACUGUUCGAUGCCUGAAGAUGGCCGAUGCUAACACCGCCAUCUCCGGGUCUCGAGACACCACUCUGCGGAUCUGGGACAUCCGCACCGGUCUCUGCAAGAACGUCCUGGUUGGACACCAGUCUAGUGUACGGUGCCUAGAGAUCAAGGGCGACAUUGUAGUAUCCGGUAGCUACGAUACGUUUGCCAGAGUUUGGAGCAUUUCAGAGGGCCGAUGCCUGCAAACGCUGCAGGGACAUUUUAGUCAGAUCUAUGCUAUUGCGUUUGACGGCAAGAGGGUGGUGACUGGGAGUCUGGAUACUAACGUUAGAGUCUGGGACCCCAAAACUGGAGAAUGCCUUGCCAUUCUUCAGGGCCACACGUCUCUUGUCGGACAGCUGCAGAUGCGAGGUGAUACUCUGGUGACUGGAGGCUCUGACGGCUCAGUCAGAGUGUGGUCUCUGGAGAAGAUGUGCCCCAUCCAUCGCCUUGCUGCUCAUGACAACAGCGUCACGAGCUUGCAAUUCGACGACACACGCGUUGUCAGCGGAGGAAGCGACGGCAGAGUCAAGAUUUGGGAUCUCAAGACGGGCCACCUUGUGCGCGAACUGAUCGCUCAAGGCGAGGCGGUUUGGCGGGUUGCUUUUGAAGAGGAAAAGUGUGUUGCUUUGGCUUUGAGGCAAGGCCGCACGGUCAUGGAGGUCUGGUCUUUCUCUCCUCCGGAAGAUGUGCUCUAUGAUCGCCCGUUCUCGCUUCAACAGCGCGUUCUUGAAGAUGAUCCAGACCGCCCAAUGAGUGCCAUGGCGUUUGACUACCGAGGUGGUGAUGUGACAAUGGCGGGCUUGAGCCGAGACGAUUCAUCUCAAGACAUGCACAUGGUGGAUGCCGGCCCAUCAACUGCUCCGCUCCAAGGGACGUUUUUCCGCGACGAUUAA